ACUAAAGGAAACAAAUAUUAUAUUUGAAAACGAUGAUUUAUUCAAUCAGUUUUUAUUAAAUAUUUAUCUUGAGCCGGAAAAAUCUGCCUUUAUAAUUGAUGAUUGCAGAUUCACUUCAAUAAUUUUAUCGGACACAAUAAAUCAUAGAAUAAUUUUAAACAUCUCAGAGCUAAUUAAACUAUCCCAUCUGACUCAACAAUGUCCAUCAAUUCCUUAUACAAGUCAAUAUUCUUUCACGUUUUCCAUCAAACAAUGAGCAUGAGCAGAAUAAACAAUGAAUGUCAUGGACCUUAUUUUGACGGACUGACUUCAGAACAUUACCUGAAGCCGAGAACACCCAGUAAGCACACUCAUCAACCUUUAUAAAAAAAAACACUACUAAAAAAAACUUACCUAGAUGACGUCAUGAUCAUAUAAAACGAAGAAGGUAGUCAAGUAACCUGUAAUCUUUUUCUCAAAAGUGGGGGAACCCUUCAGAUUUGUGGUCGGUCUUCAAGGACUUAAGCCCUCUCUCAGGGACCACCAAGAUGGUCAAGUUCCUGUAUAGGUGACCACCCAGUUGGAUUUUUCGGUCUUUACUGUAAUCGCCUUUUGCUUUUUCCCUUACGCCUGAAGACCAUGAAGAAAGGGAUCCAAGUUAUGGUGGCCAAGCCUUUGCCGUGAAAAGCACAUUAGCAACUCCAAGGUGAAAAUAAUGCGUUUUAUGAAGAGUGUUUUAGUUUUAGAGCGGUGGCAACAUAGCUGCUUUCCCUUUAUCCUAUUAUGAAGAUCGUCUUUGUGAACCCUAUGCUCAAGAAGUGUGAAUAUUUGUCUUGGGGUGAAGUUUAAGAAAAGGACAACAUGAAGUCGUAUUCUCAGCAACUGUAUCAGCGGUACCAAGUGUAAGAUCAUUCUGAUCUUUUUACCGCAACUAUAAAAGAGGAAAAAACAUUCGAAGAACACUGUAUUUUCCUUUUCUUCGCCAACCAUGGUUCCAUCUCGGAGUUCAAAAGACUUUUUUAGAAGAUCGUGGUGGCAACUCAUAUUUCUUUGUAUGACGUCAUUUGUUAGUGAUUGCGCAUGGCAAGACGGAUUCCAACCUCUGAUCAAAGUCGCACAACUCGAUGAAGCUGACCUUCAAAGAUUUUUAGGAAAUGAAUCACACAGCGAUUACUUUAAACUUUUAGAGCAGGAUGGAGACUCCUUACUGGUUGGAGCUAGGAAUAUUGUGUACAACAUCAGUUUGCAAUCAUUGCAAGAACAAAAGAGACUGGAAUGGUUUUCUGUAAAAGAGGAUAUCGGCAUGUGCAUAUUAAAAGGAAAAUCAGUGGCUGAAUGUCAAAAUUAUGUGCGCGUUCUUGCCCGAAAGUCCGAAGACACGAUUCUUGUAUGUGGAACUAAUGCUUUCAAGCCCAUGUGUAGGAACUACAAGCAAACGCCAACGGAUUAUAUUGUUAUAAAAGAACAGUCUGGCGAGGGCCUCUGUCCGUAUGACCCAAAUCACAAUAGUACAGCUAUAUAUGCAGGAGCUCUCGGACACAGAACAGACGGGGAUUUAUACGUAGCGACUGUAGCUCAAUUUUCUGGAGCGGAUCCAUUGAUCUACAGGGAACCUCUAAGGACCGAACAAUUCAACUUCGAGCAUUUAAAUGCUCCCAGUUUUGUAAACUCCAUCCAUCACGGGGAUUACGUGUACUUCUUCUUUAGGGAAACGGCCGUUGAAUACAUUAAUUGCGGAAAGGCCGUGUAUUCUAGGGUGGCGAGAGUAUGCACCAAAGAUAAGGGAGGUCCUCACAAGUUCCGGAAUCGUUGGACUUCCUUCCUGAAAGCUCGUCUCAACUGCUCAUUACCCGGCGAAUUUCCCUUCUACUUCAAUGAGAUUCAAUCCACUAGCCACAUUGUAGAUGGACUGUACGGCGGGAAACCAGCACAACUGAUAUACGCUGUCUUUACCACUCCAACAAAUAGUAUUAGUGGUUCAGCUGUCUGUGCUUUCCGUUUAGAAGACAUUCUUAAAACUUUCGAUGGUGCCUUCAAAGGACACGAAGAUGUGAACUUCAACUGGCUUCCCGUCCAGAACUCUAAAGUUCCAGAGCCUAGGCCAGGACAGUGUGUGAAUGAUUCCAGAACACUUCCCGAACAGACAGUUAAUUUCAUCAAGGAACAUAAUCUUAUGGACCAGUCAGUUCCAGCAUUUUGGGGAAAACCAAUUGUUAUCUACACUGGAUUUAAGUUCCGAUACACUCACAUAGCUGUCGAUCCGCAAAUAGAAACUUCUAAUGGAGAAAAGUUUGACGUUUUGUUUAUUGGUACUGAUAACGGCAAGGUGAUUAAGGCUCUAAAUGCAGAAAGUCAUAAGAGUGCCCACCAAGUUACUCCUAUUAUCGUGGAGGAGGUGCUGGUGUUCCCCCAAAGAGUGCCCAUAACGAAUCUUUUGGUAUACCAUACCAUUAAUGAAGCAAAAUUAUUAGUCGUCUCGCAGGACGAGAUUCUUACCAUGCCUCUUCAUAGUUGUUCUAAACAUGCGCGAACAUGCAGUACAUGCGUAGGUCUCCGCGAUCCUUAUUGUGCCUGGGACAUCCAUCAGAGAGUUUGCACAAGUUCUAAACAAAGGAUUUGGAAAAAUGAUAAAUUCGUUCAAAAUGUCGCUCAAGGAUGGGAUACCCGUUGCCCUGAAGAUCCAAAGCCAUCUACAUCUGAGAUGACGGUUCCAAUCGUUUCCACAACUACUGUAAAAUCAGACACGUGUCCUCCUUGCCCCAUCAAGUGCAUCUGUCCGGCCAUGGCUGAUUUCGAUGACAAUGAACUGGACAUAGAGGGUUAGUGACAUAUUUCGUUGUCUUUUUCUCAUAAACAUG